AACCCAGGCAAGAAGACCGAAAGAGGACGAAUGCAAUGAAAGAGAUGAGAGCUUCUCAAUGGACAGCGAUUUAGACUACAGCUCCGAUGACAACAUGACGGGUAACUCGAUGUGUCAGAAAGAUGAUGGGGAGGGUAACGUGGAUGAGGGCGUCCAAGGGUCCAACGAUGGCAGCACCACGUCUACGGGCAAGAACCGGCGGCGAACGGCGUUCACGAGCGAGCAGCUCUUGGAACUGGAGAAGGAGUUCCAUUGUAAGAAAUACCUGUCUUUAACGGAACGCUCUCAGAUUGCGCAUGCCUUGAAACUCAGCGAAGUUCAAGUCAAGAUCUGGUUCCAGAACCGGAGGGCCAAGUGGAAGCGCGUGAAGGCUGGUAACGUCAACUCCAAAACCGGCGAGCUCAGAAACCCUAAAAUCGUGGUGCCUAUCCCCGUGCACGUCAGCCGGUUUGCAAUAAGGAGUCAGCACCAACAGUUAGAGCAAGCCAGACCAUAACAUUUUUUAUGUUAAACCCGAUGGACUAAAAUCAGAUUAGUUAAUUACACUGUUUAAAAACAGAAAAACAGCACACACGUUAUUUUGGAAUUGGACUACUGAUAAUCACAAACCAAGUUUAUCCUUUGGUGAGUCUUUGUAAAUCUUUGUAAGCCAGAGGAGAGCAAAUUAAUUGAUGGCCCAUUGCUUUUCCUCUGCAUUACUGCUGAAUCGAUCCCCUGAUGGUAAGCUGAUUAAAUACCAAGAAGACAAAAAAACUCAAAAUGGUGACAUAUGUAUCACCUUGGUUACGAGUGUACAUACCGAGAUGGACCAUAACUAUAACCGCCAUGGGACCAAAUUGAGGACAUUACAACAAGACAACAAUACAUCCAAUUGUACAUUUCCGAGAUAUUGAUCAAAAAUAUAGCUACUUUUACGUCUGUUAGAUCUUCUUUGCCGGUUGUGCUGCUGAUUCUGAAGGAUCUUGCUUGUAUUAUUGUUGUUUUUGCAGCAGGCGCAAAUCAGAUCAGAAUGAACAGGAGCACUUUUAUCAUUUCUAAUUUGAUCACCCCCCAUACCAAUACACAAUAUUGUACACAUAGCCUACAAAUAUGCUCAGACACCUCAACCAUCAAUCAUCUCCACCAAAAGCAAAGAGUGGCCCUGUAAAACCAUCCUACUUUUGUUCUCAGUUUGAGUUUCUUUCAUUGUUUCAUUCCAUGGUUGCUUGAAUUAUUUUUCCUCAUUGUGACUUUUUCAACAGUCAAGAAGCACGCUGCUAAUUUAUUUAAUAUUGUGCAAAAAGUAACUAACAUUCCAUGACUUAUUGAGUAAAUAAAUAAAGUGUGCAUUAAAGAUGAA